CCAGUUGAAGGGAGCUUGACAAAUCAAGAUGGCGUCCCACGCCGAAGCUGGAAAGAGGUAUCAAAAUAAAUAAAACUCCCUCGGAGGACGGUCGAAUUCGGUUGCCACUUCGACAAGACGUCGUUCGGAUUUCGAAGGAGCAGCACGCGGCAGAUACAGGUCUGUUUUCAGAGUCUCUAAAUGGCUGCGAGGAAGUCUGGAUCAGAUGCAUACAACAAUGGACCCAUCAGUUACCUUGAUGCCGUUCCCUUCAAGAUUAAUGAAAAAUUCCGCUGCCCGGCCAAAGUUGGGCUGCCUGUUGGUUUCUGCCUGCCUGACUGUGGCUCUUUGCUGGUGGACACACAGUAUGACUUUUCUUUGGAGAGGCGUAGUGUGCGGUGGGGGGUUGAACUGGCUGAGGCUAGAGCAGCAGAGGCCAGAGCAGAAGAGGCAGCAGCCAAGCAGGAGGCAGAGAGCCGAGAGGGUCUGGCUCAGGCCCAGGACAUUAAUGGAGGUGGAGGAAAGAAACCCCGGUCUGCUGCAGACGACCAGGACCUUCUACCACCAGCAAUGAACCCCGUCCUGGCAGGACUGAGCCACAAUGCCAUCCUCACUCCACUACCUGCUCCAAGCCUCGGCCCCAGGAAAACCCAGCCUAGUAUUCCUCAGCUGCACAGCCUCAACCUAGCUGACUUUGAGCGGGAAGAGGACCUCUUUGACAAGUUGGAACUCAAAACUUUGGACGAUAGGGAGGAGCUCAGGAACAUUCUCCAGAGUCAGCCCCAACCGCAGCCUCCCCCCUCUAUAUCCCCACCAGAAGUGUCCCAGAUAGGGUCAGUGUCUCGUGGAAACAGCCCGUCUCCUCCCAGCUGCAACACCAGCCUCCCAGCCAAGCCAGCCUUUACCCACAAACCCAAUGGGUUGGUUGCCUUACUGGACAUGGACAGGGUUGGCCAUCCCGGGAGAUUGGGAUUUGACACUGAUGACCGACCCUGUAACAUACGCUCUCUGAGUUUUCCCAAGCUCUCUGAUUCUGGUGACCCAGAGCCAGUGAGGUACAGCCCACUCCCUGCACCCAGAGCGAACCUACCCAAUGGCAGCCCGCUGACCAUUCCCAAGACCCAAGUUAUUGUUGCCCCUGAGCCACCUAGCCACAUCAAGAGUGGCACACCAAAACUGGGUAACCCAGGUUCAGGACCUGCUGGUUUGCCAUGUGGCGGAGCCCUGCUCAGCAUGACCCCCAGCGAGCGUCAGUGUGUGGAAACCCUUGUAGGCAUGGGGUACUCUUAUGAGGGUGUGCUACGGGCCAUGCAGAGACAAGGGCAAAAUGUGGAGCAGGUACUGGACUAUCUUAUUUUGUCUGGACGUCUGUGUGAGCGGGGCUUUGAUGCGAGUGCCGUGGAGGAAUGUUUAGAGAUGUACCAAUGCUCAGAGGAAAAGGCCUUGCAGUUCCUUGAACUAAUGUCAAGAUUUGGCGAAAUGGGAUUUGAGCGGGAUGCCAUCAAAGAGGUGCUGCUGGUCCACAACAAUGACCAGGAAAAGGCUCUAGAGGACCUGAUGUCUCGUGCCGCAGCCAGCUGAGCCAAGCUUACCAGCCAACUGAAGCCCAGCCCACGACUUGCUUCCCACUACCACCCGACACAGCCCCUUUCCUUCUGCCUACCCAAUCACACCAUGCCCUGUCCUUGCCUUGGCUGUGGAAGGGGCGGCUGGGAAAUGGUUGUAUUUCUCUCUGUGCUAAAAUGUAUUGUCUCAGCACUUCUUAAAGACUGUGUGCCUAGAGUGGAGGGGGUCAAAGUGUAGCAAUUAAUGGUGGUGUUUUUUGGAGGGAUUUGUUUAGUUUUCUAAGAAAUCCUGGGGUUGGGCUCCAGGAUUUUGAUACAGCUACAUUAUUCAAGAAUGCUAAAAAAAUGACUGAUCUAGGAUGGAUGAACUGGAAGGAGUGGGCUGUGGCGACUUGAUGCCAUUCUCAUUAGCUUCCACUUGGAAGUGUUUACCUGUCUGCUGGCAAAGCUUUCGGAACGCACGGUGAGCUGGCGACUGUGCGUGCGCACAGAAAGACCAGUCUGAACUCUUGAAACUCCAAAACAAGUAAGCUGCCAUCUUCCACUGCUCAGUGCAGACUUAGUAAAUGGUGGAGGGGAUAGGGGGGCUUGAGGAGGCCCUCUUCAAACUGAACCAACUAACAUUAAAGGUAAAAAAAAAGGAAAUCAAUAAAAAAGAAAGGACGAUGAAAAAAGAAACAGGCAACGUCAACAGACGGAGAACUGAAUCUCUGGAAGUGCCCUCUCUGCUCUGGUGCCCUGCAUCUCGUUCUGUUCAACUUUAUGCUUUUGUUAACUCUUUUUUUUCUGUUCAUUUGAGCACUUUUUCAUGUCAGUUUCAAGAUUCAAUUUCUUUGCUUUCUGUUUUAGGAACUGCAUAAUAGAUCCUUAGUCAUUAUAACUCAAAACAGAAUAAGUACUACUACCCCAUGUGCUGUUUGAGCUGCACUAGAACGGCCUGUUAAAUGAGUCGGGGGGAUCGGGAAAGUUCCUCUGGAGGAUUAAAAGAAAUAUCCCAUAACCCACCGGCACUGCGGUGUCGCAUAGGUGCACACGUGUUUCAUAAUUAGCAACUUAUUUAAAACCGUACACUGACACUUUCAUAAAAAAAAUGAGUGUGUUAUGAUAAUGUAAUUAUGUUAAUUUACAAAAGUGAUUUGCUUUUAGCUGUCACAGACUUCUGUUUGCAGACUGGAAAAGAGUGAGUGGUUUAACAAGAAACAAUACAUAAGCAAGGAUGGUUUCUGCAGCCUCAUCACGGUGCAAUAGAGAUAUUUCAUAAUGUGUGACUAUUGUUUGCCAUUUUUAACCUCAAGUAAAUGUUGGGAGUUAAGAAAUUUUUUUUUUUCAAGCCUUGCUGGAAAUUUGUAUGUAGCUCGUAAGAAAAGGUUUUUAUUUCAGCGAUUUCUAUCAUUUAUUGUCUGUUAUCGGAAUUCAUGCCACAAAAUCUAAUCAAACAUGACUUUCAUUUGUUGACUUGUCCACUUUUUUUGUUCUCAUGUAUGAUGUGAAAUGAGAGCUCAUCUUGACUUUGGGUUCACUAGCAUCUCCACGUUCUUAAAUGUGAAGUUAAAAACAAAAGGUUCAACCAGCACAUGCCAGAAGCAUCCUUUAUUUUCAAAGUGUGUCAAUGAACUUCCUGACUUCCAUAUGUUUAAAGAACGUGUCUGCUCAGCUGCACCAAGGGCAAAGAUGGCCGAGAGUUUCAGGAUGGCGAUUGUGAGAGAUGGUAACAGAUUAAGGGCCUUUUAUUUAGCAAAAUGUGACUUGGGAGAACUGGUACUUAACUUAGAGCAGGUCCAGGACUUUGUUCUCUCCUGAACGAACACCAAUUGAACAUUUCUAACUACCAGUGUAUUUUACAACAAUCCCGGGGGUUUGAUAAAUGUAUCUUUUGUGCCGUUUAUUUUCUAUAUGGACAUCAUUUUGCUUGUUUGAUUGAAAAUAUUAGCUACCAACCGUUUGCAGAACACACCGUACCACUCAAACCAGAGGGAUAAGCACAUGCUUGCAGUAAAUAAACACCACUUUGCUUGUU